UUGACGUGUUGUUAGCAAAUGGGAGCAGAACGUCCGAUCCUUCGCAUGAGGGGGUCAUUCUGACUACAGGGCCGAUCCUUCGCCUGAAGAGGUCAUUCUGACUACAGUUGCCACUUGUUGCUAAACCCUUCAGGGCUUCAAUACUCGACCACCGCAAAUACAUUGAUAGCCUACACUUUAAUCCUACACGUUAAUCUAUUCUCUCCAAUAGAGACGCGGAUCUCGAUGUUGAAUCAGGAUUCAGGAAUACUCCCACAACUAACAUUGAAAGGAGAUACUUUGUCAACUGUUUGAUAUUUCGGUCUAAUCUGACGGGCGAAGCAUGGUUGAUAAUACCAGUAUAGCAACUAAAUCUGCUUUGCAAGCAGCGUUCUCCUCGCCCAACAACCUCCCCCUGCUCGUCUCCUCUGCCUCCACACACAGCCAUUUCCCCGGCUCACACUCACAGUCCCAACAGCCCAGCAGCGGAGGCAUGAAGCUAGAGGCGGUCAUGGAAAACCUCCAAAGACAGCAGGCUGCCCGCCUGGCGUUAGAAGAGAAGCUUCGUCAGGCAGAGAAAGAGAAGGAUCUCCGCUCCAUGGUCGAGUCCCAGAUACACCAACAAGCCCUCGCUUUCCACCACUACCAGGCAGCGGUCCGGGGCGCUUUCGCCGCGGGAGUAGCGAACUCUUCUCCCAGCUUGGCGAGAUCCGCUGAACCGGGACUGGCUGUCCAUCACAGUUUCGACGCCCGCAGGCACUCAGAGAGAGCCGACGACUCCGAUAUGGAUGACGAUCCAGAGGGGAUGGACCGAUGCAUGAAUGAUGACGACCGGAAUCUGGAUGGAGAUGACAUGGACAACGAAGGAGUCGUGGAUGAUGAGGAUGAAGAGGACAUGGAGGGGGCUCUCAGCCACUACCAGCCCCACCACCCCAUGCACCCCGGUGCGGGACACUCUCCGAAGGGCACCCCGGUGCAGUUCAUGUCUAGAAUUCCCCCCUCCUUCGUUGCGCCCCGGCAGUUGGAAUCCCCGGGCGGGAUGGCACCACAGUCUCAGAACCACGAAUGGACUUACGAGGAGCAAUUCAAACAGUCAGGACAAGGCAGUGCACCAGAGAGGAAGCUGGGAAAUUCAAGUGUCGGUAUCGGUGGCGGCUCCUCGUCUCUGAUUCAGGAGUUGUACGAGUUGGACAACGAUGUCAAGAGGAAAGAGUUUCUUGAUGACCUCUUCAGUUUUAUGCAGAAGAGAGGGACUCCAGUGAAUCGUAUUCCUAUCAUGGCCAAGCAGGUGUUGGAUCUGUACACGCUCUACAAGCUCGUCACAGAAAAAGGCGGCUUAGUGGAGGUCAUCAAUAAGAAAAUAUGGCGUGAGAUCACCAAAGGCCUCAACCUCCCUACCUCCAUCACCAGCGCAGCGUUCACCCUGCGAACACAGUAUAUGAAGUACCUCUACCCUUACGAAUGUGAAAAGAGGGGUCUGAGCUCCCCCGGAGAGCUCCAGGCAGCUAUCGACAGUAACCGCCGUGAGGGACGUCGUCAGAGCUACGGGUCGGCCAUCUUUAACUACUCUCCAAUGGGGACAACCUCCAUCGUCUCCUCCUCCAAGAUGAACAUGCCUCACCUGGCCAUGUCCACCCUCAAUGGAGCACAUGUGACCCAGGGACACAACAUCAAGAAAGAGGAUGGUCUGAUGGCGGGUUGUCUUUCGGGUCGUGUGGGGGGGAUACCCAUGUCUCUGGGAGGUCACCCCCAAGCCGCGGCAGCUCAGGAGGCUGCAGGGCUACAGGCUGCAGCGUUGGAGCAGCUGAGGGAGAAGCUGGAGAGCGGGGAGCCGCCGGAGAAGAUGGGGAUGGUCGAGGAGCAACAGAGACUCAUGCAGCACGCGGUGCAGCAGAACCUCCUCGCCAUGGCAACACAGCUUCCCAUGAACAUCAAGAUCAACAACCGAGCUGAGCGGAUGAGAGAUGAUAGACAAGAGACUCCAUUGAACCUGUCUACCAGCGGCAUUAGCAGCAUCAACAUGUCAAUAGAAAUAGAUGGAGUUGUCUACACAGGUGUUCUGUUUGCCAGGAAGCCCUCCCUCCCUACGAUGCUGGGUGGUCACCGGGUCCAGAACCAGAAUGACACCUUCUCUCAGGGAAAGACCAGUCCGGGGAUGAACUCCUCCUCCAUACAGAUCCAACCGUCCUGCUCCUCUUCCUCCUCCUCAUCCUCGGUCCACGGACAUGGAAACUCCUCCCCCUGAGCUGAGACCCACCCACAGCUCCACCCCCUAACCCCCCGCCCCCAUCAUUCCCCAAAGACAACAAGCGGUCUGAGAUACCAGAAGAAAAUACUUCUAUUGUUUUUGAAGGUGGUUUUCCCUUCCUCCUCCUCUUCCUCUUUCUCCUCCCUUUUCUCAAAACUCCGUUAUUCAAGUUGAAAGAAUGAAAAUAAAAAGUUUUAUUUACUGAGGAAAUAGUUCUGUAGAAAAAUAAAAUGAUCUCUCGCUCUAUUCUCUUUCCUUCCUCUGAACUCUGACCUCUGAACUCUGACCUCUGAAUGGUAUGUAGAGGACCUCUGAACCCUGUGUGUAUUCAGAUACAUUCUGCUGUCUUUUUCGUGUUUCCUGAGAACAGCUGCUCAGUUUGGAGCAGUGUAAACAUAUAUGUGGUGACACUUCAUUAGACGCAAGGAACUGUGGGACAAAGACACUGAGAGACUGAGACAUGUUGGCUCUCUGUCUGUCUGUCUGUCUGUCUGUCUGUCUGUCUGUCUGUCUGUCUGUCUGUCUGUCUGUCUGUCUGUCUGUCUGUCUGUCUGUCUGUCUGUCUGUCUGUCUGUCUGUCUGUCUGUCUGUCUGUCUGUCUGUCUGUCUGUCUGUCUGCAGCUCCUCCAACAGAAGAGAGGAUUCUUGACCUCGUACUCGAAGAGAGAAAUGCUUGUUAACCUGUAGCAGGGUUGGGGGUCAAUUCCAUUUUAAAAUCGUCAAUUCAGAAAAUAAACCAAAAUUCUAAUUCCACAUUUUCCUAAUUGAAAAGCAGUAAAGAGAAUUAGCAUUCAGUGUACAUCCUGAGUUUGCUGGAAUAGAAAUGGAAUUGACCCCAACCCUGAUCUGUAGUAUGGCUUGUUUGAAACCUCUGCUAGGCAUGGGAGGCCAUUUCAUUGUCACUGAAAAUCUUUAGUUUUCUUCUUGUUUUUGAUCACAAACCAGAGAAGAUUGCUACUUUACGCUAAUAACCAAAGAAAAACAAGAGUAACCAAUGAAAAGAAAGUAAAGAAUAAAAACUAUAACAUACACAGACAGCACAGAUAAAAUAGUGGAACCAAAUGACCAAACUAAGGAUAUACUGUAUAUCACAAGCACAUCUCACAGAAUCAGGGAAACGUAAUUCCUUGUUUCUUUCUUUUAGAGAGGAACAUAUCAUGUUAUCUAUCUAUCUAUUAUCUAUCUAUCUAUUAUCUAUCUAUCUAUUAUCUAUCUAUUGAAGCUGGUUCCGCUCUGAUCAAUCGAUGCCGCUCGCUAUAUCAACACAUUGUUUAAUGCUGUGGGACAAUAGCUAGAGCGUCAAGACAUGCCUUCGUCAGUAAAGGGUUAAACCAAAUAGCCUAGUAACCUAGAGCGUUCGACACUGUCGGUCCUGGUCAGAGCCUCUUAACUAACCCUUCUCACAGAAGAGAGAUUUGCACGAUGGCUCUGAUUAAAUAUGAUGUUGCGACACAUUCAACACUUAGUAUGAAUAAUUUAUUACCAGCAAUGUUUUCUGGUGAAGGCGUUAUCUUUGCAAUCAGACGGAAACAUACCUGCUGGUAGGACUAUCCCCUGGUGGGUGGUUCCCAAUCUGUAGACCAGUUCAACAUAUUACUCCACAGAAGGAGAUAUGUGGCUUAAACACAUAAUGUACAACAGCAGAACGAGGCUAUAGGUGUUGGAGCACUGAUCUAAUCAUCAAUCACACAGUGGCUUUAUCUAGUGACUGGCACCCCGUCUUUCUUUUGAAGUGCACUUGUGUCUGACAUUGGAGAGUUUCUCCAUACUCACUAUUUCACUCUCUUUGUCCCUCUCUCUCUCUCCCUCUCUUUGUCCCUCUCUCUCUCUCCCUCUCUUUGUCCCUCCCUCUCUCUCUCUCUCCCUCCCUCUCUUUGUC